AUGGCUUUAAAGACUUUGUGGAUGCUAUUGAGAGUUCUAAAAAAAUGGCAUAAUUGGAAAGACAAUAAGUCCCAAAUAAAAACAAAUAGAGUAUUAUUAAAAGAUGUGGUUGCAUUGAGAGCUGAAAGAGGCAAAUGUAAUAUUUAUUACAAGACUGACAUUACCAAUAAUUUUUACCAGGAACUAGACUUUUUAAAUAAAUCUCAUCUUAAAAAAACUCCACUGCCACCUUCUAAGACUACACCGUGCGGUAUUCAUGAAAACAAAAGGGAGGAACAUAUUGACAGAUUAAAACAAGUUCUUCCAGAUAACAGAAAAACAUUUUGGAAAAAUUUGCCCGUCAACUUUACUUAA